AGACAGAAGGUCCGCGUGGGCGUCUGGUGGGCACUGAGGCUUGCAGAGACUUGAUGUGUGGAGGGCAGAGCCAGGGAGGGGCGAGCAUGUGUUGGGACCUGACAGCCAGGCGGCUGGCACCGCCAUCACCGCUAUCGCUGCUCCUGGUGUUGGUGCUGCUGUCCGGAGCUGGGGCUCUGCGUCCUGAAGAGCUCUUUCCUUACGGGGAGUCGUGGGGAGACCGACUGCCACAGGAGGGCGACGAUGAGAGCUCUGCCUCUGAAGCUAGCAGUACCUCUACGCUUCUACCGUGUCCAGUUCAGCAACCUCUACAUAAGUUCAGCUCCCAGAGGUGCGCGGCUUGGUGUGGGGUCGUAGUUUCUUCCCAGAGUGUGGAGCAGCUAACCUCCAUGUUUAACUGUCAUCGCCGCUGGGGACCAGGCUUAGCAGUGGCGCUGCAGCUUCUUGAUCCUUACUGUGGAGGAAAAAGGAUCAUUUCAAGGGAGAGCUGGAACCGUCCCUGUCUACUUCGACUUCACAAGCAGAAAGAUGAAGUUGAGGCGGCUAGUGCGGUUUGCGUUUAGGGGCGGUGGGAGGCUGUGCAUGCAGGCAUAGUAAUCUAAUUAAGGACACGGCGCCCAAGGUGUGCAGUGGUGGAGAAAGAUGAGCGGGUUCGAGAGCGGCCGCACCUGUGGGUCGCAGUGCACUUGAGGACUGUCGCCAAAGUUGAGUUUGUUACCCUGGAUGUGUCUCAACCUGCAAAGAGCCAAGGGACUCUUCUUGACUCUAGUAGAACUAGGACCUUAGGUGCGUUCGACUGGUGGUUGCCCUUGGGACUUGAGUGACCAUGUUUUGCCCUUUUAAAAAUGUUUAUGUGGGGCGGGAUUCACGUGCCACCUCAUGAGUGUGAAGAGCAGAGAACAACCAGUUUUUUUUUUUGUUUUGUUUUGUUUUUAUUUUUUUUUUAAUCCCACCUUCUGUCGGGUCCUAAAACUCAAGUCUUCAGGUUUGACUGCAGAGUACCCUUACCUGCUGAACUGUCUCACCGUCCUGUGGUCUUAUUGUAGGUGGGCACCAAUGGCAUCAUCUCCACCCAGGACUUACUCAGGGAGACUUAAUAUGUCGUUGAUGAUUUUCCUACUUACUUCCUAGUCAUUGCCCCAUUCCUGGCUGACAUCCACUCGAGUCACAGCAGUGGCCAGAUCCUGUAUGGAGGACACCUCCUGGGCUGUGCUGAGUCUGGCUGCUUGCUACCUGUGCCAAGGUUUCCUGCUGACCGGGUCCAGCUUCCCCCCUACCCACUUCUUCCUGGCCACCUGGGAGCAAGUGGGCCCCUAGGAGGAGGACAGUCUUGGGGCUGCGUGGUCUGGAGAGCACAGGAAGAUAACAUUCAAGGGAUGCCUCAGCUCGAACAGAUACCAGUUAUCUCCUCAGUCUACACCCGGUGUCUCCACCACCUGACCUCAUCGCCUGACCUCUUUGCCUCCAGACUGCCUAUAUCCUCAUCUCCCCCUCCUUCAUGUUUCACAAAGGUCACUACCCCUACCUGAAAGCCUAAAAAGCUGUAACGUUCAUCCCAAUAAACGAGACCUUGACAACAGAA